CUGUUUGCAGACGAUACUAUUCUGUUUGGGAAAGCCUCUAUGUCUGAAGCUAUCAUCAUCAAGAAAGUCAUUGAAGACUAUGGUAGCAUGACAGGACAAGUUAUUAACAACGACAAAUCAGCAAUCACCUUUAGCUCCAAUGUUCCUGAAGCCCUUAAGACUCUCUUAUCCAAUUUCAUGGGUAUGCCUUGCGCGAACGGAAUGGGGAAAUCUUGGAGUCCCAACUGAAUGGGGACGAUCAAAAAAAGAAGUUUUUGCGGGGCUCAUCGCUAGAAUGGAGAACAUGGGUCAAUCAUGGAAGAGCCUUGCUCUUUCUCAAGCUGGAAAAGAGACUCUUCUCAAGGCUGUGUACCAAAGCUAUCCUACUUAUUUGAUGUCAUGUUACCUCAUCCCAAAAGGAACAACAAAAAUUAUGGAUGCGCGUUUGAGGGCUUUCUUCUGGGGAGGAAAUAUGGACAAAGGAUCGAUUCACUGGAGAAAAGGAAGUGUCCUUACUGCCCUUAAACAUGAAGGAGGAAUGGGGUUCAAGGAUUUCCAUCAGUUCAACCUUGCCCUCCUUGCCAAACAAGGAUGGAGAAUUCUCAAUGGAGAUCAAGAAACCUGGGUGAGACUCCUUAAAGGCCUUUAUUUCCUUAACUCUGACUUCAUGAAUGCAGGUAAAGGUAGAAAACCCUCUUGGAUUUGGUCUAGCAUCUGUGAGGCUAGGGAGGUUCUAAAGCUUGGUGCAAGGAAAAACAUGGGGAAUGGCAGAAGCAUUGACAUUGACAAUGAUCCCUGGAUCCCUACCCUACCUGGCUUUAAACUCCAGCAAAAUCAAAGACAACAAUUGAAGGCUUUCGAAUGGAUUAUGAAUGAUGGAAGAGAUUGGAAUCUUGAUCUUAUUGAGCAAACCUGUCUUCCAGACGAAGUGGAGGCUAUUAAGAGAAUCCCGAUUGGCAUGGACAACCUUGAAGACUCAUGGGUUUGGUAUCCUGAGAAGUCGGGUGCCUUUUCAGUCAAGUCGGCUUACCAUCUUUUCAGAACCAGCGAAAGAAACAGGACAGGUUCAGAGGAUCCUAACCACCCAGACUGUACGUCCAAAGCGUGGAAAUGGCUUUGGAGCUUGUCCUUACCUCCCAAGAUCAAGAACUUCAUUUGGAGGAUCACUAGGAAUGCGGUGGCUACUAAAAGAAAUCUUUGGUUCCGCAAGGUGAUCACCUCUCCGGUUUGCACUCUCUGUGAAGAGGAGAUUGAAGAUGUGUGGCAUUGCCUUUUCGGUUGUCCACAUGCAGUGCUCAUUUGGCAAAGAAGCUUCGCUGGCAUCCCUCUCCCCCACCCUUCUCUCCCUAUCCUCAUGUGGCUUUUCCAUCUUAAUGACGUGAUCUCCUUUAGUUCAAUGGUGGCUGUGAUUGCUAUCUUAUGGGCCAUCUGGAACGCUCGCAACGGAUGGAUCUUUGGUGGCACUCGUCCUCUCCUUCACCCCACCUUAUCUAAAGCCAUUGAUUGUUUCAAUGAGUGGAGUGGCCUCCUCCCACUGCCGUCUACCUCCUCUCCUCCCCAGCCUCCCCCAUCCUGUUCAAGAAUUGAUCCACCGCCUUCCCUCCUCCAACAGGAGAUUCACUGUGAUGGAGCUUUUGUCUCGGAAUCACAGGUGGCGGCAUAUGGUGUUGUCGUUCGCAAUCAUCAUGGACAAGUAAUUGACGGAAAGGCUGGGACCUUGUUUUGUUCUUCUUCGAUUGUUGCGGAAGCUAAAGCCUUGUUGAUUGCCAUGAGAAUGGCUCAGGAUUCGGGUUUGCCUACUGUCAUCUUCUCCGACUGCCUGGUUAUCAUCAAUAUUUUACUCGGUCGGAGCAGAUCCUGGCCCUGGCAAGUGAAAGCCUAGAUCCACUGUAUGAAGCAGAUUCUUGCGCAGAAUGCCUUUAUUCGUGUCGCCUUUACUCAUCGCAGGAACAACAAAUGUGCCGAUUGGGUCGCCAAGGAAACAAGGAGCGGCUCCCUCCCUCUUGAGUGGAUUCAUCUUCUUGAUUUGAUCUCUCCUCUCCUGUAAUUGGCAAAGCUUGUACCACAAUCGUUCAGGAAUGAAAUUUAACCAAUUGUCAAAAAAAAAAAAACCUUCAAGGCACUGGAGAAUGACUUGGACCUGUUCCAAAGAGGCCACACUGAAUAAGAUUAGAUCGUCAGCAAAAAAUAGAUGCGAGAGAACUGAUCCCUGGCUUGAAAGCUUAAUCUACUGCCAUUUCCCCUCCUCCACCGCUGCAUUGACCAGAUGUCCCAAUCUCUCCAUACAUAGAGUGAAGAUGUAAGGAGACAAGGGGCAGCCUUGCCGCAACCCUCGCGACGGUUUAAAAGCCUCCGUCAGAUUCGAUUUAAUUUUAUCAAAUACCAAAGAAGCCCUUUACUAUUCCCCACCGUUAGAUUCGAUUUAAACUAAUACACAGUGAUUAGAGUGGUUAGUAUGAUGCUAACUAUAGUUAGCACCCUAUCCUCUCCCCAUUAUAAGUAUUGCAAUUUAAACAAAGUAAACUAGCCCUAAAUUUCAUAGCAAUGACCUAAUUACAGAGUUAGAGGCUGGACUAGUUAUGCUAUAGAAAUGAGAAAGUCCAUUAUAUUUAGAUUCAAAUAUGGGAACCGACGAUUAGAUUAACCGAAGAAAAACUUAGCAUGCUG